UGCCGUAUUAUGUUUGAUGAGGGUACCGUGAAAAAAAAAAGAGCAGCGUGUGCGUAGCAUUUCUUCGCCGGCUGAAGGCGUGGGUCUCGAGAGCUGCUUAAAAAGCUUUGCUGCACAAAAAUGGCUUCGCCUGCGAUACCAUUCGCCCCUCUCACGUCCCAUCGCGCCGUUCCCUUUGUCUUGGGGUGUCCUCCUCCAUGGCCACCGCGCCCGCCGCCUGCCGCUCCCGGACGGCCGCCGCGCCCCGACGCUGCUGCAGCUGCUAGACUGCUAGAGGAGGAGGCCAGGGCAGGCAGCUCGCGAGCUCGAUCGCCUGCCGGCCGGCCCGAGCUGGAGUCGAUGGUGCUGGAUCUCAAUGCCGAGUCGCCGACGGCCGGCUCGGCCUCGGCCACCUCGAGCUCCAGCGGCGUCUUCCGGUUCGACCUGCUCGGAGGGACACCCGACGAGGAGGGUUGCUCGCCCUCGCCGCCCGUUGUGACGCGCCAGCUCUUCCCCUUGCCGUCGUACCCGGACGCUGCUGCAGCUCCCACCGCCGCCUCGAACGGGUCGCCGCCGCCGCCGCAGGCGGCAGGGCCAUGGGCGCGCCGCGCAGCGGAUCUCGUGGCGCCGGCGCUGGGACAGGGACAGGGACAGGGGGCGGUGGUUAUGCCUGCGCCUUCGUCGCCGCCCGCGGCUGUGUCUCCAGCCGCCGGGAAGAAGAGCCGACGGGGGCCCAGGUCGCGGAGCUCGCAGUACAGGGGCGUCACCUUCUACAGGAGGACCGGCCGCUGGGAGUCACACAUCUGGGACUGCGGGAAGCAGGUCUAUCUGGGUGGAUUUGAUACUGCCCACGCCGCAGCAAGGGCCUAUGAUCGUGCUGCAAUCAAGUUCAGAGGCCUUGACGCAGACAUCAAUUUCCAGUUGAAGGACUAUGAGGAUGAUUUGAAGCAGAUGAAGAAUUGGACCAAGGAGGAAUUUGUUCACAUACUCCGACGGCAAAGCACUGGGUUUGCCAGGGGGAGCUCAAAGUACCGCGGUGUGACACUGCACAAGUGUGGUCGGUGGGAAGCUCGGAUGGGUCAGCUUCUGGGAAAGAAGUACAUCUACCUUGGGCUGUUUGACAGUGAAAUCGAAGCAGCAAGAGCGUAUGACAGGGCAGCCAUUCGCUUCAACGGACCGGAUGCUGUUACUAACUUCGAUUCUAGUUCCUAUGAUGGAGAUGUCCCACUUCCAACGGCAAUCGAGAAAGAUGCAGUGGUUGAUGGGGACAUCCUUGAUCUGAAUUUGAGGAUUUCACAACCUAAUGUGCAUGAUCUCAAAAGUGAUGGUACCCUGACUGGUUUUGGAUUAGGUUGUAAUUCUCCUGAAGCUUCAAGCUCCAUUGUUUCUCAGCCAAUAAGCCCUCAGUGGCCUGUGCAUCCUCACAGCACACCGAUGCAACUCCAGCAUCCACAUCUGUAUGCGUCUCCUUGUCCAGGCUUCUUUGUGAACCUCAGGGAGGCGCCUAUGGAGGAGGAGAAACGGGCAGAGCGGGCGGGUCCCGAGCCGGCGUUCCCCUCUUGGGCAUGGCAAACGCAGGGCUCCCCUGCCCCGUUUCUCCCUGCCACUGCUACUGCAGCAUCAUCAGGAUUCUCUACAGCCGCCACCACCACCGGCGUGGACGCGGCCACAGCCGCCCGCAGCGUGCCGCCGUCCUUGUCCGGUGGCCCCCGGCAGUUGUUCUCCGGCUACCAGCUCCAGCUCCGCUUCCCCCCAACCGCCUGACUCUGUAGUUGGAGACGGCGUCUGAGCUGACCGGUGAAUGGGGGUGUCUGGCUGCCCCGGCCCAAUUGCCCAUGCGCCGCCGCUGGUGGGUGUGGGUCGGUCGGUAACAGUCAGUCUGCCACUUCCACUUGGGGGUAUGGUUUGGUGAGAGACAGAGCAUGCAGCGAUCUUUGCUGCUGUGUGCUGUCUCACUCACUUCCCCCACAUCUGGUAAUGAAUUUAUCGUCGAAACUCUGUGGCGCUCAUGAUCCGUUCGUUCAUCUUCGUUGGUUUUGAUUGAUGGCAAACAAGUAGGCAACUGAUGGAUCAUGAGCGUGUAUCGAAAACUCGUGUAAUAAAACCAUGCAUAUUACUAUCUUCUAGAGUAUUUAUUUAUGAUUUAUGAUGAUACAA